AACAGUAGUGUUUAGUCUAUUUUAGCCUCCGCUGUCUUCUUCCUAUCGCCGGUCUGACUUCAUGUUUAACAAUCUCUCUGCAGCUGUCUCUCUGCUCCCCCGCCUGCUGCUCUCCUCCCCCUCCUCAUCCAGGGCUUUUACCAAAGCCUGCAGCCGCCUCCUCCCCUGCAGCAGCAGCAUGGAGCCGGCCGUGGUGAGAUGCAUCCCCGGGGAGCCCAAACUUACCAUCUCCUUCAGUCUGGAGGGCAGCUACAAACAAAUGCUGCGGGACCAAGGGGAGACACUGGGGAAAGUCCUGGCUCGGAUCUCUAAUGGGAUCAUCAAGGGGCAAGGCAAGGCGAAGAAGUCAAAGAAGAACAAGGUGCAGCAGCCGAGUGAAGCUGCAGAGCUGGUCGUGGUGAAGCUCUUCCACGGUGGGGAUGAAGUGGCAGACACAGCGCUGAACUCAGAUGCAUGGCAGGAUGGAUCCGUGCUGCAGGUUGGAGAUGUUAAAUACUCUGUGCAGAGGAAUCCACCGACUUUCACCACUGCUGAGCUUCCUCUGUCCCUGCUGGCUGGGUUUCCUGUCUGCCCCAAGCUGGAGGUGGAGUUUGGUAACCUGCAAGACUGCGAGUUCACCUGGUAUAAAGAAAAUGCCCCAAAUAAAAGUCCUGAAGCUGGUGCAGAGGUUGCAGGUCAGGCCAGCAGUUGGAUGGAGGUAGGAAGCGGAAGAGUCCACGUCCCGUCCAAUCAGGACAUCGGCUGCAGGCUCAAACUGUGCUGCACCCCCAAAGACGGAGCUCGCAGCGGUCCGGCCAAGGAGCUGAUCUCUGUGGGAGCCGUGGAGGCCGGACCAGGCGUGUGCACGUUUGACAACCGACACGCCUACACCAUUAGAGAGGCGGAGUGGCCGGCCAUGAGGGUGGUGUCGUACAACAUCCUGGCCGACGUCUACGCCCAGACAGAACUGUCUAAGACGGUGCUUUACCCGUACUGCGCCCCCUACGCCCUGCAACUGGACUACAGACAGAACCUCAUCAAGAAGGAGCUGACGGGCUACAACGCUGACAUCAUCUGUCUGCAGGAGGUCGACAAAGGGGUUUUCACAGACAGCCUGAUUCCAACUCUUGAUGCCUUUGGUCUGGACGGCGUUUUCAAGAUCAAAGAGAAGCAGCAUGAAGGACUGGCUACUUUCUACCGCAGGUCAAAGUUUAAGUUGCUGAGCCGUCAUGACAUCAUGCUGAGUGAGGCGCUGACCUCUGACCCCAUCCAUACCGAGCUGCUGGAGAAGGUUUCUGCUAACAGCACCCUGAAGGAUAAGAUCCUGCAGAGGUCCACCACCCUGCAGGUCACUGUGCUCGAGGACCUGAAUAAACCAGACAGGAAGUUGUGUGUGGCCAACACCCACCUGUACUGGCACCCUAAAGGGGGGAACGUCCGCUUGGUCCAGCUGGGCGUCGCCAUGCAGCACCUGAGUCAUGUGAUCAACGAGCUCACACCUGGAGCCCCCCUGGUGUUUUGUGGAGACUUCAACUCCACCCCAAACACAGGUGUGUUCCAGCUGAUCACGGAGGCUGCGGUUCCUCAGGAGCAUUCAGACUGGAGCAGCUCGGGUCCGGAGGAGUCCUGCAGUAUGGAGUUGCUCUCUACCUUCCCGCCGCUGCUGAGCGCCUGCAACCAGCCGGCCUACACCAACUAUGUGGGAGGAUUUCACGGCUGUCUGGAUUAUAUCUUCAUACAGCCAGACAGCAUGCAGGUGGAGCAGAUGAUCCCUCUGCCGAGCCACCAAGAGGUCACCACAUACGAGGCUCUGCCCAGCGUGGCUCACCCCUCCGACCACAUCGCCCUGGUCUGUGACCUGCGCUGGAACCCCUGACCUCUGACCUCUGACCUCUGACUUCCAAGCACCCGGUCAAACACGCUGGAGAAACGAUCCAAUCUGACUUUGGAUUUCUUUUAUACUUGAAUGGCGUCUGAAAUGUGUUCCUGCAGGUUCUCCAAAGAUCUCUGAGAGACGAGAGGAACAUGGACGAGCAGAGGAGAACUGUCUUAAACUACAAUAUGACUGAAGUGUUGUGAUUAAGUUCAUACUGUAUCAUAGUACAGUACAAUAAUUAAGAAUUUGAAUCACUGAUAUUCAGUGUUGGGGUUGUUACUGCAAACAGUAAUUAAGUGCAAAAUGCUUAUUUUUCUGAAUCAGUUACUUUGGUUUGUUGGCAUGUGGUUGGCUUUCUCUUGCUCUCUAAGGUAAACUCUAAUUGACUUUAAUUCUCAAUCACAUGGUUAAUUAAUUAAUAUUAACAUUUUAUUAUAAGUAUUUAUUGUUAUUACUUUGGCCCAACAUGUUGUACAGUGGUGCCUUAUUUUAAAAAAAAAUAAAGU